GUACCACUAUCUCAUAGAUAUUGAUAAUCAGAUGAUUAACUAAAAUGUAAUUUGGAUAAGAUAUAUAGGUAUAUGGGCUUAUUUAGAUACAGAUAAAUUAGUUAUUUUUUGGGUUCUUGCUUAUUCUUGUUUUUGACCAGCGUGGAGUCACAAUGGCGAACCGCUGGUACACCCUCCUUUUGGGGGCAGCUCUUCUGCAGAGCGUCCUCUCCUUCGGUCCUAUUGAAGUGACAGACGACGAAUGGGCUGAAUACAGAAACCUGAUGCGGGACCCUGCUUACCGCCUGCCCACGACUACGAAGCCUAGCAACUACGCCGUCAACCUUACACCAUACUUCACUGGCACCUUAGCUUUCACCUUUGAGGGUUCAGUACGCAUCACCAUUACGGCCACGCAGGCUAAUGUCAACGAAAUUGUGCUCCAUUGCAAUGACUUGACCAUCGAAUCAGUCAUGGUGGCUACCGAAGCUAGCCCGAAUGUUAAUCUUAUUGCAAGCGUACAGACUUUUGUCUGCGAUCCUGUCUACAGUUUCCUAAGAAUAAGGACCGCAACAGUCUUGAGUGUAAACACGAAUUAUAUAAUCACGAGUAACUUUAGAGGCAACCUUCAAACGAACAUGAGAGGUUUUUACAGGAGUUGGUAUUACGACUCUAGUCGUGAAAAGAGAUGGAUGGCAACGACCCAAUUCCAGCCUGGCCACGCUCGCCAAGCCUUCCCCUGCUACGACGAACCAGGAUUCAAAGCUACUUUCGAUAUUACCAUCAACAGGGAAGCCGACUUCAGCCCAACCCUUUCCAACAUGCCCAUUAGAACCACAACUAACCUCGCAACCGGCAGAGUUGCUGAGACGUUCCACACCACUCCCGAAACAUCUACGUACUUGAUUGCUUUUAUAGUAUCGCACUAUAGUCAAGUAGCUUCAAACAACAACCAGCAGAGGCCUUUCCAUAUCUAUGCUAGAGACAAUGUUGGGGUCCAUGGAAACUUCGCCUUGGAAAUUGGAGUGCCUCUUUUGGAAGUCAUGGAGCGCUAUACAGAAAUACCUUACUAUGGCAUGGCUCAAAACAUGAACAUGAAGCAAGCUGCUAUCCCUGACUUCUCAGCUGGUGCCAUGGAGAACUGGGGACUUUUGACUUACAGGGAGGCUUUGAUUCUGUUCGAUCCCGUGAAUACCAACAACUUCUACAGACAGCGUAUCGCCAACAUCAUUUCUCACGAAAUCGCUCACAUGUGGUUUGGAAACCUCGUCACAUGCGCUUGGUGGGACAACCUUUGGCUGAACGAAGGUUUUGCACGAUUCUACCAGUACUACUUGACUGGCGUGGUCGCUCCUGAAAUGGGCUUCGAAACUCGUUUCAUAGUGGAACAGCUGCACGUGUCGAUGUUGUCUGACUCCCUUGACUCUGCUCACGCCCUCACCAACCCCAAUGUGAACGACCCUACUACUGUCAGCGCACACUUCUCCACCAUCACUUAUGCCAAAGGCGCCAGCAUCAUCAGAAUGACACAACACUUACUGGGCAACAACACUUUUGUGAAAGGCCUUAGGACUUACUUGAAAGACAAUGCUUACGGUGUCGCUGAGCCCCGUCACUUGUUCACUGCCUUAGACGCUGCUGCAACCGCAGACAAUGCUCUCGCCAACUAUGGUGGUAUGACCAUCGAUCGCUACUUCAGAAGCUGGUCAGAGAAAGCAGGUCAUCCAUUGUUGACUGUGUCCAUUGACCACUCCUCUGGACGUAUGACCAUUAUUCAAACCCGAUUUGAGCGCAAUACUGGUGUAUCAACAGCGACCGACAGUCUUUGGGACAUCCCCAUUACUUGGACUAGGGCAGGAUCUAUUGACUUUGACAACCUGAAACCUACGCAAUUCAUCAGUGGUGUUUUGACUAUCAUCGACAGAGGAACCACUGGCAGGGAAUGGGUUAUUUUCAAUAAGCAGCAAACUGGUUUCUAUAGAGUUAACUACGAUCAAAUCACUUGGGGUCUCAUCACUCAAGCUCUUAGGAGUAACGUGAGGCUAUCAAUCCACGAAUAUAACCGUGCUCAGAUCGUCGAUGACGUUAUGUUGUUAGCUCGAGCUGGCAUUAUGACCUACAGCAGAGCCUUGAACAUUCUCUCCUUCCUUAAAUUUGAAGAUCAAUAUGCUCCUUGGGGCGCAGCUAUUACUGGAUUCAACUUCGCCCUCCGAAGAUUAGCUCAUGAUGUUACAGCUCACCAGAAACUGAGGAAUGAAAUCUUGGAUUUGAGCACGGCCAUCGUUAAUCGUUUGGGCUUCAGCGAGCCAGCUGUUAGCAAUUUCAUGGACGACCUUCUCCGCAUGAACGUCAUGACUUUCCUUUGCGACAUCGGCCACCAGGGGUGCAUCACUGCUGCUAGAACUAGCUUUGCUACCUGGAAGAACGGUGGAGUUGUCCCACCCAACAUGCGUCCAUGGGUGUAUUGCAAUGGAGUGCGCUACGGAGAUCAAUCUGACUUCACUCACUUGUGGACUAGUUACAAACAAUCUGACGUUGCUAACGACAAGUUGGUCAUGCUGUCGGCCGCUGGUUGCACUCUUAACCAGGCCAGCUUGAACAUAUUCCUCAAUGACAUCGUGUCUGGUGGCGAUGACAUCAGGCCUCAAGACCACAGCGCAGCUAUCGCAGCGGCUGUCCGCAGUAAUGAAGUGAACACUAUGAGAGUGUUCACAUGGCUGCAGGCUAAUGUGCAACAGACUAUAAGCACUCUGGGAAGCGUCAGUCCUAUUUUGAACGAAAUCACAGCGCGCCUAUUGAAUGAAGCCCAAAUCACUCAGGUUCAAACAUGGUUGGAUGCAAACCAGAACGUAAUUGGUACUGCAGCUCACACUAGCGCCACAAAUGGCAUCGCCACGUCUAGGUCCAACAUUCAGUGGUACACACAGAGGGUUCCCGAAUUCAACGUAUACUUUGAAACUGGAUAUGUUGAAGAGAACUUCGCUGAUCCUACAACUACCAGUACGACUACGACUACGACAACUACUACGACCACUACAGCAGCUCCUACGACUACGACUACUACAGAGGCGCCUACGACAACAACUACGACCACUACGGAAGCGCCUACGACCACAACUACAGAAGCUACAACAACACCUGUACCUGGCUCAGCAAACAUCGCCACUCUUAGCAUCGUCACAAUGAUCGUGACUCUCGUUGUUAAUAUGGCUUAAAUUUUAUUUGUAUUUUAAUAUAU